AUGAAUGAUCGACAAUCUGUCAGCGCUGCAAACGCGCCGCCAUCCCAGCCAUUCGCGGAGCCACCGGCGCAGCAGCCUCCGCAGCUGUCGGCUCCCCCACAGGCUCCGCCUGCUGGAAUCGGGACAGCGCCGAGCAGCGAUGCGCGGAAUAAUGCACCCGCUGCGCCUGCUUCCCCGGAAGCUGCGCCUCCGCCUUCCCCUGCGGGGGGAGAAAGCGUAAGCGGAGCGCCGGCGCAAGAGAAGGGGGACGCGGAAGCGUCGCGCGAGGAGGCGGAGCAGCUGUCGACGACAUGCGGGCUGACGGACUACAUCAGGCAGUCGGGCGCAUGUGACAGUGAGCAGCGUUCUUCUAACGAGAGGCUGGCUUGUGUUCGCCUCGCGAAAUGUGGCUGGCGAGCUCAGUUCGGCUGUCCCCUCCUCCGCCUUCCCCUUCCUCCCCGUCUCCCUCUCCCCCCGUACCUUGCCGUGCGGAGUGCAGGCAAGGGGCGGCGCACAGUGUCGUUUCUGAAGGCGCGCAACUGCACCGAUCCGUUCCCCGUGCAGCCCUCGCAACAGGAGCCGUGCACAUGCACGCCGGAGGACUUUGAUGUCGUCUACACGGCCUCUCGUGAUGGUGCCACCUGCAACAUGCAGUACCCGCCAGGCAACUGCACGGGAGCACAGCAGUCACAGCUCAUCCCAGUGGAUAAGGUCUACUGUGGUCACUGCACGCUGGGGGAGCUGCACGCUGGGGGAGCUGCACGCUGGGGGAGGUGCACCGUGCACCCUGGGGUGCUCCUCCUUCCCACGUGCUCGUCUCUGCUCGCUCUGUUCCUCUUGCUCUCCAUUUCAUUCACGUCCCCCUCCCACCUCUUCUCAUCUCAUGCCCCAUUCUCCCUCCUGAUAUGCACCACGUGCCCCCUUGUCCUACCAUUCUUCCUUUCCCCAUCCCCUCCCCCUCUCUUCAUGCACGUAAUCAGUUCUGCCACCACCUCACCUAUGCUGAAGCUGUUACCACCCACCCCACCUCAAACUGCUCACCAGCCUCACUCGCCUCGUCACCCGCGCUACACUCUUUCGACAUGCAGUGCGGGGCGGGGCACUACUUGCACCAGGACCAUUGCCACAAGUGCCCCAGGCACGUACAGCAUGGGGGGGAAGUGGCGGUUCCAAGACAUAUCUGAGAUCGACCCGCGAUACUUCAAGACGGAGUGCAGGUUCACCAACGCCUCUGGCACCUUUGACUGCGACCCGUACGUUGCUCCUCUCUCCGCCCAUGCUGCCCCCUUCCGCCGUUUCUUCCCCCUACCACCCUUGCUGCCCACUUCCACCCAUGAAACCCCCUCGCUCCUCCAUGCUCUUUCUCCGUGCAAUCCCCCCCAGCUCUGCUUCUCCGCCUUCAGGUUGUGGAUCUCGCCUCUGUGCGUGGCUGCAUGUCCCCUUCCCUGCCUGCUGCACAGCUGGUAUGCGGAUGAUGGAGCGUUUGAGGCGGGCGCAUACGACUACAUCAACGACUGGCUGCCGGAGGUGUGUGCAUCGGACCCGGCGUACAACUGCCACAACAACCUGCUCUCCUCGCUCUCCCUCGACGUGCACCUCGUGCGAGACGGGUAUGUGAGGUUCAACUUCACAGUGAGCGAGGAGAUGGGGCACGGUAAAACAGCUAGAUGUAAGAACCCCCGUUUGUACGUGAGGUACGUGAAGUUCAACUUCACAGUGAGUGCGGAGAUGGGGCACGACGGGCUCGCCUUCUACAUCGACUCUCUCUCAGAGCCUCUCAUGGCCCUCACCUCCUACCAGGUACCCCUCAUGGCGCUCACCUCCUACCAGCCCACCCCUUCCCUCUCGCUGUGCGUGUGUGCGCCCCCUUGUGCAUGGCGGCAGUUUGAGCCGCGCGAGAUGGUGUUCCCGGUGGAGGCGGGGCAGCACCGGCUGGUGUGGGUGUACAGCAAGGACGACAAGUGGAGCAAGGGCGAGGACCUCGCCACCAUCCCGGUCAGUGGCAGUGGCUUCAGGGUUGGCUUAGAAGGUUCUGAGUCGACUCAAACGCAGCACCGGCUGGUGUGGGUGUACAGCAAGGAUGAUAAGUGGAGCAAGGGGGAAGACAUCGCCACCAUCCCGGUCAGUCGCUAUGCCAUACCAUCCCCUUAG